GAAGUGUUACGCGAUUUGCGAUAAAUGGGCUUCCGGAGCUCUGAGGGAAGCUCUUUUUCACCAUGGCGGCGUCCGUUGCUGGGAAGAAAAUCGUGUUUGUAACAGGGAACGCCAAGAAGCUGGAGGAGGUCAUUCAGAUUCUAGGAGAUAAAUUUCCAUGCACUUUGGUGGCACAGAAGAUUGACCUACCAGAGUACCAGGGUGAGCCAGAUGAAAUUUCCAUUCAGAAGUGUCGGGAGGCUGCGCGCCAGGUGCAGGGACCUGUCCUGGUAGAGGAUACCUGUUUGUGCUUCAAUGCCCUGGGUGGGCUUCCUGGCCCCUACAUAAAAUGGUUUCUGGAGAAGUUAAAGCCUGAAGGUCUGCACCAACUACUGGCUGGCUUCGAGGACAAGUCAGCUUACGCGCUCUGCACAUUCGCGCUCAGCACAGGAGACCCCAGCGAGCCCGUUCGCUUGUUCAGGGGCCUGACCUCGGGCCAGAUUGUAGCUCCCCGAGGCUGCCAGGACUUCGGCUGGGACCCCUGCUUUCAGCCUGAUGGAUACAAACAGACGUAUGCUGAGAUGCCCAAGGCAGAGAAGAAUGCCAUCUCCCAUCGCUUCCGGGCCCUGCUUGAGCUGCAGCAGUACUUUGGCAGCCUGACUCCUGGGAAUGGAGAAGAUGCCUCAGGCCGGGGAUCUGGAGAAAGCUAGCUGGGAGCUUCUCCGGUCAGGUUGACACCUCAGUGCCUCCAUCAGCCAUUCACUGGGGUGUGGAGGCAGCUUUUCCAGAGCCUCGAAGAG